GAUAUGAUCUGGAUUAGAUUUAAGUUAGUAACCACAUAGGUCUACAGGUGUUGGUAGACUCUCAGUUAUUAAUCGGCGGUGAAGACGUUUGGAGUUCUUAGGUUCACUUUUAUUAAACCCGCAACAUGGUUCUUUCGAAGCCCCUGUACUCGCUCUUCGGCACUUAUCUGGAGCAGCUCUUUAACCAUCCGGUCCGCACCAAGUCCAUCACGGCAUGCGUUCUGGCCACCUCGGCGAAUGUUACCUCCCAGCGUUUGGCGGGGGCCAAGACCCUCAACCAGCAUAGUGUUUUCGCCUAUGGACUCUUUGGCCUGGUCUUCGGUGGAAGUGUACCGCACUAUUUCUACACGACUGUGGAGCGACUCUUCAACCACGAUGUGCGCUUCAGAAGGUUCUUCCUGUUCUUGUCCGAGCGACUGGUCUAUGCUCCUAUCUACCAGGCACUUUCCCUGUUUUUUUUGUCCCUAUUCGAGGGUAACUCCCCCAACACGGCGGUAAAGAACGUGGAGAAGCUUUACUGGCCCCUGCUGAAGGCAAACUGGCAGUACCUUUCCCUGUUUGUGUACCUUAACUUCGCAUACGUACCACCGAUGUUCCGGUCGAUUAGCAUGGCCAUUAUCUCUUUCAUCUGGGUGGUGUACAUCGCACAACGGCGACGCCGAUUCCAGGAGAAAUUGGCCGCUGAGAAAGCCGCCAAAUAAGCAUUUCGUCGGGACACGAGUGACUUUAAAACCUGUGCAAGUUAUCUUGGCUUAAUAUUCCAAAUACUGUUUAGAUUACGGCCGUAGUGCUUGAAGUUCUUUAUCUGCUCUGUUUUCUGGCGAAUUACUAAUAGUCCGUGUAUGAGCACGUAAGAUAAGCUAAAACUAACUGAAGAUUCGUCUUAUCAACUGACUGUGGUUAAACCUUAAAUUUUGUAAACUUUUCGUAUUAAAAAUAAACGUAUAUGUUAAUGUA